UGGUGUGUGUAUAAAAAGGCUGUGUUGUGCGAAUGAUCUGUGUGUUCAUUUGGGGCAGACGUAGAACAAGAAUCACUAUGAAGGGCCUUAUUAUUCUUAUGGCUUGCUUCAUCCUCUCGGAGGCAGCCAUCAGGGUUCCCCUGAUAAAGGGAAAGUCCAUCAGAGAGCGUCUGAGGGAGAAGGGCAUCCAUCUGCCCUACACUGAUCCAGCCCUUAAAUAUCAGCACCCAAACGUCCUGGCCUCUACCACUAUUGAUUCCAUGACCUAUGCUGAUUCAUACUACUUUGGCGUGAUCAGUGUGGGGACACCACCCCAGUCCUUCCAAGUGCUCUUUGACACAGGCUCUUCCAAUCUGUGGGUUAACUCUGUGUACUGCAGCACCCAGGCAUGCACGGCACAAACACAGUUCAACCCUCAGCAGUCCUCCACUUACCAGAGCACCUCCCAAACUUUCUACCUGCCCUAUGGAGCUGGAGCUCUCUACGGCGUCUUUGGUUAUGACACUGUCACUCUGUCUGGCAUCCAAGUCCCUAAUCAGGAGAUCGGUCUGAGCACUAAUGAGCCAAGCCAGCCCUUCCUGGAGGCUCCAUUUGAUGGAAUUCUUGGUCUGGCCUACCCAUCUCUUGCUGUCGGCAAUGCCAUGCCCCUCGUGGACAACAUGAUGCAGCAGGGUCUCCUUGAACAAAACCUGUUUGGAAUCUAUCUGAGCCCGGUUGGAGGGUCUGGCAGUGAGGUGGCUUUCGGUGCUGUGGACACCAACAUGUAUCAGGGUCAGAUCUACUGGACACCAGUGACCGCUGAGACCUACUGGCAGAUUGGCAUUCAGGAGUUCCAGAUUUCAGGACAGCAGACCGGCUGGUGCUCUCAGUAUGGAGGCUGCCAGGCCAUUGUGGACACCGGUACCCCCAGCCUUACUGCCCCUAGCAACAUCAUGUCCUCUCUGAUGCAGGACAUUGGGGCACAGCAGAAUAGUUAUGGCGAGUAUGUUGUGGACUGUAGCCAGGUCAGCAGUCUCCCCACUCUGACCUUCACCAUCAGUGGAGUGACUUUCCCUCUGGGCCCCUCUGCCUACAUCCAAGAGACCCAGAGUGGCUACUGCACCGUUGACAUCACUCCCACCUACCUGCCCUCUCAGAACAACCAGCCUCUCUGGAUCUUCGGCGAUGUCUUCCUCAGGGUCUACUACUCUGUGUAUGACCGCCAAAACAACCAGGUGGGCUUUGCCCAGGCUGCCUGAACACCACCAACAACACUCCACAGAAAUCUCUAAUGGAAGCUAUGGUCUCCAUAGCAUCAUUAAUACCUGUACUAAUUAUGUGGAAAUUGAAAUAUCUCUGUGGUAGACUGCUAUUUACUGGAAUUUCUUUUUUCUUUCCAUUCCAAUAUUGCCAGUUAUAAAUAAAUUCAAUAAUGUGUUUUGGCAUUAAAUUGUUUUCAAACAAAAACAUAUAUUUAAAUAUAUCUCCCU